AUGGAAAAACCACAUCCAGCAAUAUUCUUUGGUGAUUAUGAGGGUGAUAUAUCUGAAUUUAUAUCAGAAUGGAAUAGGAGAAAUCGUAAACUACAGUUACCCGAUAUUGUUGAACAAGCUGCUGAAGGUAUUAUGGAAGAAGGUAGAUUAGUGAAUCAAGACUUCGAAGCUGAGUUAAUUAUCGAUCAACUACAACGAGUAAAAGACAAAUCGAAGAAAGAAAUUUUUGAAUGCGCUGUACGUCUAUACACAGCUGAUUCAUUUUUGUACAAAUUGGUGGAUUCGAGUAUGAGAAGUCAUGACAUGAGUAAAGUUGAUACAUUAGGUGCUUACUGUUAUCUAUUACAAAUGCAUUUGUUUUGCUCAAGAGACGACAAUCAGGUAAAUCUGACUGUCUAUCGAUGUGCAAAUUUAACGGAUGAACUGAUUGAGGAAUAUAAACAGUUAGUUGGUACACAUAUUACCUGGUUCACUUUCACAUCGACAACAAAAAAUCGUCGAAUGAUUGAACAGCGUGGAAAUACACUGUUUAUUAUUCAAAUCAAAGGUAGAUCUUGUCCAACUAAUACUAGAAGUGACAUAACAUCUCUAUCGUAUUAUCCUCAUGAACAGGAAGUACUUUUACAGCCUGGCUAUCGAAUGAAAAUUGCGAAAGUGAAACAAUACGAUGAUCCAAUAAGUAAUGAAAAAUAUUUUAAAAUUUAUAUUAAAUAUUAG